AUGCUGCCCGGCAAACAGCGGGGACAUCUGGGAUCUGUCGCCUGCUCACAGGCUAAGGAAGGCCCUGCCCCUCCCAAAGCCGAAGCCAAAGCAAAGGCUUUGAAAGCUAAGAAAGCGGUGCUGAAAGGCGUGCACAGUCACAAAAAAAAGAUCUGCACGUCACCUACAUUCCGAAGACCCAAGACCCUGCAGCCCAAAUAUCCUCGAAAGGGCGCCCCCAGGAGAAACAAGCUUGAUCACUAUGCCAUCAAGUUCCCCCUGACUACGGAGUCAGCCAUGAAGAAAAUAGAAGACAACAACACACUUGUGUUCAUUGCGGAUGUCAAGGCCAAUAAGCACCAGAUCAAACAGGCUGUGAAGAAGCUCUGUGACACUGAUGUGGCCAAGGUCAACACCUUGAUCAGGCCUGAUGGAGAGGAGAAAGCAUAUGUUCGACUGGCUCCUGGCUAUGAUGCUUUGGAUGUUGCCAACAAAAUUGGGAUCAUCUAAACUGAGUCCAGCCGGCUAUAAAUCUAAAUAUAAAUUUUUUUCACCAUAAAAAAAAAUAAAAAGAAUAAUGAUGCCUGGUCUGAGGAACAGAAGACCCGGGCCAGCAGCAGCUCUGUAGAGAAGCUCCACUGGAAUCUAAGAGAAGACUGGGACUGGCCAGGUUGAAGAAUUUCAGAAUCUAAGAGCAGAAGGAGCCUUAGAAAUCACCUGCUUACAGAGUGGAGUUUCCUGGGGCCUCCUCCAUUGUUGGGGGGCGGGGUGUGUGUGUCAGGAUGAGGCCAUCAGUGAAGCAAGUUUGAAUAAAGAAAAAGAAAACAAAAAAAAGUCUGACUACUGACUGCGCCGAAGAUCUCUUAGCCGGAAUCCUGGCUUUCCGGCAGGGAGACUGGGGCCCCAGGGAGGUGAAGGCCCUUCCUGGCCCUCCUGGCUUCGUCCGGUGGUCCUUGCGCCUUUCUGCACAGUCCUGGCCGGUGUGCUCAGACGCCGCGGAGUGGCUGUUCCUGGACACCUUCUGUUUCCACCCACCCCGAUGAUUAAAGCACAGUCAGGGGUACCUGCUGUAACCAUCUGGGAAGCGCGCAUCCCCAUCUCUCACUGAGGGCCUUGGGUCCUUCCCAAGGCUCGCAGAAUGGGAGCUGGGCUUUGGGACAAAGUCAGGAGUGUCCUAGUUGCCUCCUUCGUGGACAACACUAGCCUCAACAAAGGCUCUGACCCACUGGGUGUCUGCUACUCCUCCAACCCCGGGCAACUGCAGUGUUUCUGACUUACUCUUCUAGUUUUAUUUUAUUAUUAUUCUUUUUUAAGUAGGUUCUACACUCAGUGUGGAGCCCACCAUAGGGCUUGACCUCACAAUCCUGAGAUCAAGACCUGAGCUGAGGUCAAGAGUCUCGGAUGCUCAACCUACUGAGCCACCCAGGUGCCCCAUGACUUAUUCACCUAUUUUUAAAAUCCCUGAGAUCCCACCUCACCUUAGCCUGAAAAAUACUUCAUUCCCGAUGACAAUCAAUGACUGAAGAUUACAGGACCAGAGAUCAUCGCUUCGUAAGAAUCAGAGAUCCUGUAGCUCAGAAAUGAUCAGCCUGGUUUCUUGGUGGGCAUGAAAAACGCUGUCCACGGGCACCUGGGUGGCUCAGUUGGUUGAGCACCUGCCUUCGGCUCAGGUCAUGAUCCCAGGGUCCUGGGACUGAGUCCCACAUCGGACUCCCUGCUCAGUGGGAAGUCUGCUUCUCCCUCUCCCUCUUCCCUGGCUUGUGCUCUAAUAAAUAAAUAAAACCUUGAGAGAGAGAGAGAGAGAGAGAGAGAGAGAGAGAGAGAGAGAGAGAGAAAAGAAAGAAACACACUGUCCAUCUUCCAAUGCCCCUGCCCGGGAAAGGCUUGUGCCCAGGCUGGGUGGCAGCCUGGGUCUGGCUGGAACAGGACGGAGAGUCACCAUGAAGGGUGUGCUGUUUGUUUCCCAUGAGCCUGCAUUGCUUCUUAAGCAAGAUGAGUGAAAUCAAUGCUUCUUAACCAUUUAUUUGCUACUAAAUACACCCAAUUAUAUGGUUUUCUUUCCCACUGCCCAAAUCGCUACACAUUAGCCCCUUUACUGGAGAGUUGGCAAGCUCUCUGCUUUUUUGGCAGCUCUGUGGAAAGACAUGCAGGAGGAAAAAGCUAAAAAAAGCAGGUACUUGAAUUAUCCACGGAUUUCUUUCUUUUUUUUUUUUUUGUGCUUUCUUUGGAGUGUUAGAACAGUGACAGCAGAAGGGGACAGGCCUCGUUGGGCGCAGAUCUUUUGGGAAAUUUGAUGGCAUAUGGUUUUCAGAAGCAGUUACAUGCUUCUUUCCUGGAGGAGGAGUGUCCCGGCCCCAAGGUACUGCGAUUGUCCUGCCUCCGGACACGGCACAGGGCUUGACCUCUCCUGGUGGGACUGAGGACUCCUUUCACAGUGGGGACACAAACCACAAGAGUCUCCGCUAGGAGGUCAUUGGUCAGGAGGACGGCCCUAGAAGCCAAACAAUGGCCUGAAAGAACAUGUAGCACACACGACUCUAUGCCACGAUUUUACCCCUGGGACGGAGGCAGGCCCUGCUUUCGGAGUGCCCCGUGUUCAGUGGUGUGUGUGGCAUGGCAGGAAGAAGGAGGGUCUUUCAAAGCCCGGGAGCCUCACUGGUUCUGCAUUCUGCUUUCACUUCCCCUCCCCUCGGCUGUACCUGCAACAUGACCUUGUGAAGGCACCCCUCACCCCACGACCAUUUUGUGGCUACAGAAAAUGUCAUCGAGUCACUGUCUACAUCAAAAUGUUAGGUUUUGGGGGACACUGGGGGGACCCCUGCUUCCAACCCCUGCUCAUGCAAUACAGUCAGACAGAGGCUAAAAAUGUAAAUGCACGGUCAGGAGGCACGACGGCAACUCCGUGGAUCAAGAACUCAGGCUGGCUGUUAAAGGACAUGGGGGGACAGCUGAGUGUACACCCAAUCCACUGUGGUCUGGUGACCGUCUUCUCUUCCAGAGUGCCAGCCCCAGGGUUAGGGGCUUGGUGGGUUCUGUUCACUGCCGGUUCCUGGUGACUGGAAGAAAAGCUCAUCACCGUCCAGCUCAUCACCGUCACUCAGCAGAUAUUUGUUCCAUGAACACGUGGUUUUAAGGAGGCCUGGCCCACAAGACUGACUUGAGAGCAUGGGUUAUCUAUUGUGCUUUCAAGACAAACAUCACGGGGAUGGAAAAGGCCCGGAGAAUUGGAAAGAGCAACAGCCAGAAUCAUGGUGCAAGUCCAGGUCUGCCCCUUAUGAGCAUCAGAAUCCCGGGCAAGUUCCUUCUCCAGACCUCAUUCCACUCAGGUAUUAGACCGGGCUCCCGGCCUGCCCUGCAAAUUUGUUAUGAGCCUGAUGCAGGAAAUGUGUGUGACCAGCAGGUGCUAAAGAAACUCGAUGGAGGGACUCCUCUGGUGUUACUACCCUGCUACCUCUUGUGUACUCGGCCACCUCAUGCCUCGGUAGCCUGUAACACCCAAAAAAGAGAACCUAGGGAGAAAGUGUGAACAGAGGUUGACUACUUACUAAAAUAAAGUUUGGAGAUUUUUGUGGACUUAAAGUUUACACCAGUAGCCUUUCUUGUUUUCAUAUAUGACUGAGUUUCUUAGAAUCUGUUGAUCUCAACUCUUAAGCACAGUUAUCCAGGGAGGAGAGGUGAUUCUAAGAAAACUAACACUUCCUUCCCUUUUUUAAAGUUUUCUUUAUUUAAGUAAUCUAUACACAGUACAUGGGGCUCAAACUCAUGACCUCAAGAUCAAGAGUUGCGUGCCCCUGUGACUGAGCCAGCCAGGUACCCCUACCCCUAAUAUUUCCUUUUUUUUUAGAGAGAGCGAGAGAGCGUGCACAUGUGUGCACAUGAGUGCGGGGGAAGCGCAGACAGCGAGGGAGAGUCUCAGGUAGAUUCCACACCCAGUGCCCAAUGCGGGGCUCAAUCCCACGACCCUGAGAUCACGCCAAAAUCAACAGUCAGAUGCUUAACCAACUGAUCCAGCCAGGUGGCCCUUUCCUUAUAUAUUUCUAUAACGUUUAAAAGCAUUCAAGAAAAGGGGGAAAUGAUAAAUUACAAAUACAUAAAAUAGGAGAAUGGUUGCGAGGCAGGGCCAGCUGAUUUGCUAGCAAGAUGCAGGAGGCCCUCUUGGGACCCCGGAUGGUCACAAUAACCAACAGACCAAACCCGAACUUUCAGCUCCAGCCAAAGGGACUCUCCCAGAGACUGGCCUUACUCUCCUGCCUCAAAGAAAAGUUCUAGGAUGUUCCCACCUUAAGCAAGCAGCAAUAAGGACAGGGCUGGAAAGGAAAGUUCACCUGAACCAACCAGCCCUGCUGCCUCAUUCAGCCUCCCUCGGAGCGGACACCUGCUUCACGGUCUCUCAGCAAGGCCACCUGGGAGAAGAGCCCCACUGCGUUCCCUGGACCUAAGGAAACCACCAGCUUCAGUGGCAUCAUACCCUUGCCAGGGUGGUGAAUCCUGAUGCCUCAUCCCCAAGGUGAGCACCAAAGACUCAAGUUGAGAAAUCGACCACCUGAGAGCCCCACAGUACCUACAAACACCAACCUUCUUCCUGCAACACUCAUGCUCCAAAUACCGCUCCUUUCUUUCCACAUUCAAACCUGGCUUGACCACUCCACAUUAGCUUUCAGCCCAGUUUUGGCAGCUAGCAGCCCACAAUGGGCUCUGGCUGGAUGAGCUCUGAGGGGGACCCGCGGGAUGGCCACUGCUCCGUCGGAACUCCAGACCAACUAGAGAGACAGCUAUGGCCCACCCGGUGGCACGGGGGCCUGCGGCCACCAGAGUGCCACCUGCUCCAUCCAACCCCAGGUGCAGGUGAGUUUCUACCGGCGUCCAGUCGUCAAAUGGGGCUUUUGGUCUGGACAAGCUUCAUGCUAGAAGCAAGCCACGGAGAAAGAGAGGGCCCAGGGUGCUCUGUGAUGGGACAGAGGGACCCACAGUGUCACAAUGCUUCAAACAGAAACCUAAUGUUAGAGAAGCAUUGUGUAAAAGGAAAGCCUAUGUCCUAAGGCUGAAUGGGCAAGGCUCAGAAAAGGCAGUUCCCGCUUCUCCCUUAGUAUCUGAUGCUGGGCCUGGUGGGAUCACUCAUAGGGUCGGGUGGUUCCCAGCUGGGGGCCUUCAGGUCCCCAGUGUCCCUCACUGGAAAGCCUCCGUUCUGUGAGAGAGGGAAGGAGCACAGAAUAGUUACUGCAGGGGGAGAGGAAGCAAGGAGAAACAACCUUGACCGUCAGCACCUCGGUUUAUAGAAUGUGUGAGUAGGUAUUAUUUUAUUUAGAGCUCUGCCCCAGUGACUCAGGUCAUUGGGGAUUUUCAGAACUCUUAAGACUUUUAGAUUCCUAAGAGUUUUUCCAUGAAGCCAGAGAGCACAACACUAUUGAUUGAAACCCAAUGGUCAUUAUAUUUCCCACAUAUAUAUAAAUACAAGGACCUCUCUAGAAAUCAGCUGCCCUAGCUAAUUUUUAAUGAGCUGGCUGACCUAACCUUUCUGGGGGGGGAUGGGGACACGGGGCCAGGGGGAGCCCACCACCCUCGCCAGCCUCUUCAGCCGCCCCGACAAGCUAGGUGAACCUCACAGCUGCAGCUCCUUCGCCAGGGUGAGCAGAUCCCCGCCGAGAGACCCCGACUGAGACCGCUGCUCGGUGCCUGGCCAGUGUCCCUUACUGGAGGCAGCAUCGCCUCCUGAGGCCAGUCUUCUCUGGUCACCUCCUCUAUACAGCACACUCCUCUGCCAAGGUCUGUCACAGUAUCCUGUCUCGUGCCUCCGUAACACUAAUCGUGAUCUGAAAUCAUCUUUGUACUGGCUUGUCACUAAUCCAUCACUUGUCUCUCUCCCUGAAAUAUCUGCUCCGUGAGGGCAGGGAUCUGAUCUGCCUUGCUUGCUACUCCCCUGCUAGGGCCUAGGACAGCAGGGACAUAUGGACGUACGGUGGCGGGGGAGGGGGGGCAGGACGGGGCAUUCAGUAAAUAUUUUUGAAACACUAAGCACAUGGACACGUGAUGGGAUUUACCAAUGUCCAUAUUCAUUCCACAAGCCUGAGAUAACACACAAAAUCACAGCUGCAAUAGAGACUUGAUUAACUACAGGACCGGGCACACCAAUUUCUCUGAAGGCAACCCCCAACCCUGAUGAGGACUUUUUUUUUUUAAGAUUUUAUUUAUUUAUUCAUGAGAGGGGCGGGG